GCCAAGACGACCCAAGAGCAAAGCUAACCAACCACUAUGGUUAGUCUUUAACUUGAAAAGACGAGGCUCCACCUCGAGUCCGGAUACAUAUAAAUCCACCUCUCCCAACUCCCUCCCACCGCCUUCUAACUUUUUCAAUCCUUCCUUCUCAUCUCUCCUUAAUUUCUUCUUUCUCAUCCUCUCCUCCUACUCCAUCCUUCUGCUUUGCCUGGUUGCCAAGAAACCUCUUAAACCUCAUCUCUCUCCUUACCAACCAAAAUCCGAGGUUGUCGCUUUGGUUCAUGAUCCUGACAUCAAGAAGAGAUGAGUUGCAAUGGCUGUCGAGUUCUUCGAAAGGGAUGCAGCGAGUCUUGCAUUCUCCGUCCCUGCCUUCAAUGGAUUGAGAGUCCUGAGGCACAGGGUCAUGCUACUGUUUUUGUUGCCAAGUUUUUUGGCCGUGCCGGUCUCAUGUCCUUCAUAACCGCUGUCCCCGAAAACCAGCGACCUGCUCUCUUCCAGUCACUCCUAUACGAGGCAUGCGGCCGUACUGUCAAUCCCGUAAACGGAGCCGUGGGGCUUCUUUGGACUGGGAACUGGCACGUCUGCCAGACGGCGGUUGAGACUGUCCUUCGAGGCGGCACUUUGCGUCCCAUGACGGAUGUUGUGGCCGGAAUCCUAUCCCACGACUCCGACGAAACUUCUGAGGUGGAAGUUGCGUGUACCAACACCAAGAAGCAGCAGCGGCAAGAUCUGUAUUCCCGAUCGAGGACGUCAUCGAAGCGGAGGGGCUUCGAUGAGGUGGCGGGGCUCAACCUACAACCUGGCAAUCUCGAUCUGUCUUUGAUGCCGGGAUUCCCGAAGAGAGUGGCAGCCGGAGGACGAGGAGUGGGAGGGAUGGUGGAGAAGCGUCGUCCAGGGAGUCCAUCCAUGAAUUCGGAAGAAUCGGUAACGACGAGCUUCGACAGCGGAGCUGCUGCCGGGGAUCAGAUGAGAAGCGGCGAGCCAAAGCUUCUGAAUUUGUUCCUUUGAGGAGAGAGAGACGGAAAAUUGUCAAAUUUGCGGGGGGGAGUCUGGUCGAAACUUACCUACUUUGAACUCGUCGAUGUUCGAUGUAACUUUUUUGUUUUCCUUUUUUUCUUUUAAUUUUGAAGUCCCGGUUUUGAAAUCCGGCGAGGUUUUGUAAUUAUCCGGCAAAGGAUUUCUCUUGUGACGGAGGGAAAGAUGAGUCUGCCGGUCAUCCCUCUUCUAUUAUCCUUUCUUGUGGUGA